AACAAGCACAUGCAAGGACAUGGUAGAGAGACGUUUAAAUUGAAUUACCAAAAUUUUGGAUUUGGCGCGCACCGGAAGCUCAGGCCUUCAUUCUCUAGAUGCUGAUGUGCUCAUCGUCCCCAGAUACUGAUCGGAACUGCAAAACACUCAAACUGAAACCCUAACCGCAACAUCCAAUCUGAGCGGAAUCUAAUGCAUUGUAAAAUACAGAGUUUCUGCUAAAACCACCAGUUAUAUAUUUCUCUCUCCCUCGCCGGAGUGCGUACGGCGUUAGGUUGGAGAGAAGAGGGCGACUUAUGCGAAGAGGCGUGAGGGCGGUUUAGUAUAUCAGUCCAGAUCCGACCCGGGAACUAGAACAAGCCCCAAAUCUGGAACGGCGGGAUACAUUGAAUCGGCACAGUUCCCACUAAAAACAAUUUCGUAUGAUAUUCCAAUAAUAAAAUGGUUUCUAAUUCCCCGAGCUCACUCGCCGAGCAUACUUUCAAGACGGACGAUUAUUUGCCAUGAACGAAAACAGCUGAUUCCAAACUACAGGUUCUACAAAAUUCAGUUUGAUCAGUGAAAAAGAACUCUGAAGCAGCUUUUUAGGGGUUGAGUUUGAGCUAAAGAGGGUUACGAGAGGAGGAAGAAGAAUGGAGACCCCGGUUUCAGUUAGGAGGGUGAGGAGGAAAGUGAGUGUAAAAAAUUACAGUGAGCAUUUGAUGGAUGAACUAAUGGAGGGAGAUCUGGGUGGUUUGAAGAAGAAAAGGAUUAGAACAAGAGAGCAAUUGGAGAAAGAGACUGAAGUAGAGGCCAUGCUGGCACUUUCUUUGGGAUUCCCCAUUGAUGAUUUACUUGAGGAGGAAAUUAAAGCUGGGGUUGUAACAGAGUUAGGCGGGAAAGAGCAAAAUGAUUAUAUUGUUGUAAGGAACCACAUACUUGCGCGGUGGAGGUAUAAUGUUCGGUCAUGGAUUUCCAAGGGCCAGAUAAGGGAAACUGUGAGCAGCGAAUAUGAGCAUAUAAUAUCUGCUGCUUAUGACUUUCUCUUGUAUAACGGAUACAUAAAUUUUGGGGUCUCUCCAUCUGUAGUGUCUCGGAUCCCUGAGGAGGCAACUGAAGGGUCUGUCAUUAUUAUCGGUGCUGGACUUGCUGGAUUAGCUGCAGCAAGGCAGCUGUUGUCAUUUGGUUUCAAAGUGGUUGUACUUGAAGGUAGGAACCGUCCUGGUGGAAGAGUUUAUACACAGAAAUUGGGGCAAAAUGGUAACUACUCUGCAGUUGAUCUUGGUGGCAGUGUGAUAACUGGUAUCGAUGCCAAUCCUUUGGGGGUUUUGGCCAGACAACUUUCCAUCCCUCUCCACAAAGUUAGAGAUAAGUGCCCUUUGUACCAACCUGACGGAGCACCAGUUGACAAAAAUGUUGAUUCUAAAGUUGAACAUAUUUUUAACAAGCUGCUUGACAAAGUCAUGGAGCUCAGAAAAAUAAUGAGAGGAUUCGCUAAUGAUAUUUCUUUAGGUUCAGUCUUGGAAACACUUACGCACCUUUAUGCUGUGGCUAGAACCACAGAGGAGAGACAGCUUCUAGACUGGCAUUUUGCUAACUUGGAAUAUGCAAAUGCCGGAUGCCUUUCAAACCUUUCAGCUGCGCAUUGGGAUCAAGACGACCCUUUUGAAAUGGGAGGUGACCAUUGCUUGCUCGCUGGUGGAAAUUUGAGACUAAUCAAAGCAUUAUGCAAGGGAGUUCCUGUUUUCUAUGGUAAAACUGUUCAGACAGUAAGGUACGGAGAUGCAGUUGAAGUCAUAGCUGGUGGCCAAGUUUUUCAAGCAGAUAUGAUACUUUGUACAGUUCCUCUUGGGGUUUUGAAGAGAAAAUCAAUAAGAUUUGAACCAGAACUACCGGCGAAGAAACUUGCAGCAAUACAAAGAUUGGGAUUUGGCUUGUUGAACAAGGUUGCAAUGGUGUUCCCCUAUGUUUUUUGGGGAGAUGAUCUUGAUACAUUUGGCCAUCUCAACCAGUUUAGGGAUAGGCGUGGAGAAUUCUUCCUAUUUUACAGUUAUCAUACUGUUUCUGGAGGCCCUGUACUUGUUGCUCUUGUUUCUGGUGUUGCUGCACAAUUCUUUGAAUCUACGGAGCCAUCCACUUUGGUCCAUCAAGUUAUGGACAUUCUUAAAGGUAUAUAUGGUCCUCAGGGGAUCGAUGUGCCUGAUCCUGUGCAAUCCAUGUGCACAAGAUGGGGAAGUGAUCCCCUUACUUAUGGUUCUUAUUCGCAUGUUGGAGUGGGAUCAUCUGGCAGUGACUAUGAUACUUUGGCAGAAAGUGUUGAUGGGAGGCUAUUUUUCGCUGGUGAAGCAACAAUACGUCAACAUCCAGCCACCAUGCAUGGUGCCUAUCUGAGUGGUUUAAGAGAAGCUUCACGAAUCUUCCAAGCUAUGAAGCAGUGGCAGAACAUUCCAAAGAAAUGCAUAACCAAAAAUUCUGGACCAAGCAGUGAGGUUCUGACAAAACUGUUCAAGAAGCCUGACCUGGCAUUUGGGCAGUUUUCAUUUGUAUUUGAUUCCUUGACUAAUGAUCCCACAUCUUUGGGUCUCAUGAGAGUAACUUUUUCCAGCACCUUUACUGGUGAUAUGUCUUGCAGAAAUGAGACUGACACUAUAUAUCAACAGUUGUUAGAACAACAACCACUGCAUCUUUUUACGAUUUUGUCGUGUAGUCAGGCACAAGAAAUACAACUGAUGACUGGAUCAGAUGAUUGUAAAUUGUUGUAUUUAUUCAAGAAUUUGGGCUUGAAGCUAAUGGGGGCUGACAGUUUAGGUGCUUUAGGCAAUUCGAUUACUUCUAACAUCGCUAAUGCAAGAAAAGGCAGAGGUCGACACCGCAUGUUUAGCAUACAGAAAAAGGCAGCCUGCGCUAAUGUUCAAUUACCAUCAGUAUAAGUGGUAUAAUUUCAGGUAGUGGUAUAUAAACUUCUUUUUUCUCAAACCGGGCGCUAAAUUUUGUGUGCUUUGGGUCCAUUGUUGACUAUUUUGCUUACACCAAAGUUCGUUUGAUCUUUGAAUUUGUUAUGUACUUAUGUAAUUGGCUCAUUUUGUUGCACCAACUUUGUAGUCCCAUAGAUUUUGUAAGAAGAAGAAAUUUUGUAUGGUUAUAGGCCACUUGCUGAAUGGAUGUUUCAACUGGUGUUGAUAAAAGGAUUUUCU